AUGACUACAUCAAACCAGUCCUUCCCUGUGAACCCCUAUCAGGUGGUCUCCUUGGGCAUCAUAAUGUCCCAGACACUCAUUGGAAGUCUGGCAAACGGAUUCAUGUUUCUAAUCAACCUGAUGGACUUUGCAUCUCAUGGAAGUUUGGGAUCUGGUGAUGCUCUGUUACUUUGCCUUGGUCUCUCACGCUUCGUUUUCCAGUGGCUUUUAUUCACAAUAUACUUGUUGUCUUUUUGGUUUACCGACCUGGCGGUUUUAUACAUACCCAAAAUCAUAUUCUCCUUCCUGUUUUUUAGCAGCACCAGCUUGUGGUUUGCCACCUUGCUCUGCAGUUUCUACUGUGUUACUUUGAGUAAACUUAACAACUGUUUUUUUUCUAUACAUAAAAAGGAUUUUGACCGCUGGCUUCCUAAAUAUCUUCUAUUUAGUGUUGCCAUGUCAGUGAUCUUCAGCCUUCCUCCUGUCUACGUUACGUUCCACAAUAUGGGCAACUGGAGCAUUUCGGGGACCUCCUCUGCAUUUCUGUUUGUCAGAACCAAUAGCGUGGCCUUUGUUUCAGUUUCGUUCCUGGGAAGUGUCCUACCAUUCCUUGUAUUCUGUAGGGCAGUUAUUGUGCUGGUUGUGUUCCUCUGGAAGCACGUCCUGAAGAUGAAGAGGCAGGAGAGGACUGACUAUAAGGAACCAUCAAUGCAGGCUUACUACAGAGCAGCCAAGGCAUUGGGCUCAUUUUUCCUGUUUUAUUCUUUCUACAUUGUGGCUUUCAACCUGUACAUAUCAGGAAUUGCCACUUUAAACAACUUAAUUGGCUGCUUUUGUACAAUGUUGAUUGGAUCCUAUCCAUCUGUGCAUUCAGUUUUCCUUAUUCUUCAGAACACCAAGCUCCAGCAAGCCCUCGCCAGCUUUCAGCAGAAGAUCCGAUGCUGCUCUUCCCCGGGGAACCAGACUGUUACUGACCCAACCUGA